UCUUACUGUAAUCUAUCUUCUUAUCCUUAGGAUCGCAGCGUCGAGAGCCAAUAGAAAUCAAUGUCAACAAGCUGUUGAAGGUCAAGAAACCCACAGGCUCCACAGCUACUCCAUUCCACUCUAUCAAACCUUCUGAAAAUGGCAUCCGUACUUGGAACUUCAUCGUCAGCAAUCUUGGCUUCUCGCUUCCUAUCUUCUCCCUCCCCGAGGACCUCCAUUCCCUCUUUCUCCUUCAACCCAGGGCAGAGCUAUGUGAAACGAUUGUAUGGAGGAAUUGGGAUUCAUGGAAAGAAGGGAAGGUCUCAGUUCCAUGUGGCAGUUACCAAUGUUGCUACUGAAAUCAACACUGUGGAACAGGACCAGAAGCUUAAUGCUAAGAAUAGUCAGAGGCCGGUUUACCCGUUUGCAGCUAUAGUCGGACAAGAUGAGAUGAAACUUUGUCUUCUCCUAAAUGUGAUUGAUCCCAAGAUUGGGGGUGUCAUGAUCAUGGGUGAUAGAGGAACUGGAAAAUCCACAACUGUAAGGUCUUUGGUUGAUUUACUUCCCGAAAUUAAGGUAGUUUCUGGGGACCCUUACAACUCGGAUCCUGAAGAUCCAGAGUCUAUGGGUGUAGAAGUCAGAGAGAGUGUCUUGAAAGGGGACCAACUUUCUGUUGUCUUGACUAAAAUCAACAUGGUUGAUUUACCUUUGGGUGCUACAGAAGAUAGGGUCUGUGGGACAAUUGACAUUGAGAAAGCUCUAACUGAGGGUAUCAAAGCCUUUGAGCCUGGCCUUCUUGCAAAGGCCAACAGAGGAAUUCUAUAUGUAGAUGAAGUUAAUCUUUUGGAUGAUCACUUGGUUGAUGUUUUAUUGGAUUCUGCUGCUUCUGGUUGGAACACUGUGGAGAGAGAAGGUAUUUCAAUUUCACAUCCUGCUCGGUUUAUUUUGAUUGGCUCGGGCAAUCCAGAAGAAGGGGAGCUCAGGCCACAGCUGUUGGAUCGAUUUGGAAUGCAUGCACAAGUGGGUACUGUAAGGGAUGCAGAGCUCAGAGUGAAGAUUGUCGAGGAGAGAUCCCGGUUUGAUAAAAAUCCCAACGAAUUCCGCAAAUCAUAUGACGAUGAGCAAGAAAAGCUGCAAGAGCAGAUUACUGCAGCUAGAAGUACUCUGUCUUCGGUUCAGAUCGACCAUGAACUCAAGGUGAAGAUUUCAAAGGUUUGUUCAGAGCUGAAUGUUGAUGGAUUGAGAGGAGACAUUGUAACAAACAGGGCUGCAAAAGCUUUGGCUGCUUUGAAGGGAAGAGAUAAAGUGACAACAGAGGAUAUUGCUACUGUCAUCCCUAACUGCUUAAGACAUCGUCUUCGGAAGGACCCCUUGGAGUCAAUUGACUCAGGUUUACUUGUCAUUGAGAAAUUUUAUGAGGUUUUCAACUGAGGAAGGUCAAGGCCUUUCUCCUGUGGUUUUGUUUGAACAGAAUGAAGUUGUCAUUUACCUUGCAUUUUCUAGGACAUUAACGUUAUGCUUUUAGUACAAUUCAAGAGUGUGACAUAUACGCAGAAUCUUUAUGUAAUUUCUGAAUUCUUAUGGUCUAUAGAACUGAGAAAUUUGAAAAUCAAUUGAGCAACCAAUUUGCUGGC